ACGAGAUCGGUACCAGGCCCGUAUCUUCAGCCCAGAACUCCGGGGGAGCCGCCCCGAGGCCCUGACACUCUCGGCAUCGAAACUCACAACUCCAGUCCGACCGGCUCCAGCGUGGAGUACCCCCAUUCUUGAGUUCGCCUACAUCCAGGGUACCUUUCAGGUUCCCAGCUCAGUUACUCGGCCUCUUCACUCUUUUCGGUCGUGUCCCAAGAUCUCUCUCACGGCCCCCACCAACGUCGUUGGUUCAAGCCGUAUUCCUCCAGGUCUGUGCUCGGGGAACGACUAUCUCCCAGCCUUGUUCUUGAGAAUCUGGAGAAUUUCAUGGCGUCCGCCGAGACUCGAUCCUUCCCCCAUCUGGCCCUUUAUUAAAUCAUCCCCGACCCUUGGUCAGCCAAGAGCCCCGCAUCAACCAACUUCUGCAACUUGCGACGACGGAUGAUCGGCCACGACUUGUCGUGCCCCUGAAUAUACUUAUAAUUUGCAAGUAGCUACUGGUCGCGGCGGGGACUUACUUCCCCAUCAGGAACCGAGGUCCAACCCCCAUUCGACCUUCUUACAUAUCCCCCCUACAUAAGCUUCCCCCCCCCGUUACACAGAUCCACGAUUCAUCGUAGGGGAGACGAGAACAACGAUCGUGCAGCUGUCAGAAGGGUUGCUUCCCCUCAAUCCCGAAAGUCAAAAAUACUACCCAACUUUCGGACAGCUGCCAUUUGCUCGUCAUCCUUGACGACAAGGCCUUGCCUGGUCAUCACUGCAGGGCACGAACGAGUGGCGCUGUGAUUGGACAAGCACUCCCUGUCCCACCUUCGAAGUUGUCCCGGACGCAGUCCUGGACACCCCGAUUAGUCGUGUCCCUCCAAGGUGAUGCUUAUUCUACCCCCUCGCGGAUCAGCUUCUGGGUGCUACCGGCGCUAUGGAACCUGCAGUCCGGCUAAGUCUCCGUGAUAAGCACUUUCGAAUGCGGGUCUUGAAGCCCAUCCUACGUGCUUACGCUUUGGGAUAUCUGUCAUCAGUCACGCCCAAGCUCGUCACGUUUGUCCGACGACUUAGAAGUCAGGACUGGUCCUUCAGACAAAAGAUUCAAGAGCUUGCUCACGUUCUCGCCGGGCCUCUGCGAAUCAAUAGCUUCCCAACAUUCUGCGCAGCCCUCAUUGGUGGAUCGACCUUGUUUCCGGUGCUGCUCUAUAGAAUCUAUGCAUCGAUCGCAGCUAGCCUAUUUCAAGGUGACACCCGGAUCUCUCAAAAGGCAAAUCGACUGAUUCGAUUCGCCACUGCCUUGCUAUCGGCAUUGAUCAGUUUCGAUCUGUUGAACAAGCACCGCACCAUCUCACGACAAGAUGUCAGAGCCAGAAGACUCUCAUCCGUGCAAGUCGAGCCCGCAAAUGAGCUGGCCAAUGCCCUCGAGCGUCCACAUCCGGAGUUGGUGGGACGGACGAUGGAUCUUACCAUUUUCACCGUCACGAGAGCUAUGGAUGUGGUAGCCUGUAUGGCGUGGAGCCACUGGGCUCGCCGCCGCAAAGCCCAGAACCGCUGGACCAUCGUAGAGUCCUACGUCCCUGGUCUGGCUGACGCUGGGGUCUUUGCAAUGAGUGCAGCAGUGGUCAUGUGGGCAUGGUUCUAUCUCCCCGAGAGAUUACCCCGAACGUACGAAAAGUGGAUCGGGGAAGUUGCCAAGGUCGACACACGGCUGAUCGAGGCCCUCCGUCGCGCUCGUCGCGGGAAAUUCGUGUACGGAAAGGAUACCGGACAAGCGCCUCUUUUGGAAUCCAUGUGCAGGGACUUUGGUUGGCCUGAGGUAUGGGGCGACCCUUCGAAGACAAUCCCAAUUCCAUGCGAAAUGGUGCACAUGGGCUGCGGCCCAAAUUGCGAGAUACAUGCGGUGUCCCGCUUUGCCAGAACCUUCAAGAUUGCCUGUGCUACCUACAUACCACUUCAGAUCGUAUUGCGCCUACGCAAAAUGAAGGAUCGGGCCGUAUUAGGUCGGGCCAUCUCCGAGGGUGCUCAGUCAUCUGCCUUCCUUGCGACUUUUGUCAGUCUGUUCUACUACGCUGUCUGCUUGGCCCGGACACGCAUUGGACCGAAGGUCUUUGAUCAGAAGACAGUCACGCCGCUGAUGUGGGACUCUGGUCUCUGUGUGGGAGCGGGAUGUCUCAUGUGUGGAUGGAGUGUAUUGGUCGAACAAGCACGGAAGAGACAGGAGUUGGCACUAUUUGUGGCACCCCGGGCAGUAGCCACGGUGUUGCCACGAUUGUAUGAAAAAAAGUAUCAACAUCGCGAGCGCAUUGCAUUUGCGGUUAGCGCCGCUAUCCUUCUCACCACUCUUCGCGAAAGGCCGAGGUUGAUUCGAGGCGUUUUUGGCCGCAUCACUGCGGGUGUAUUGAAUUAGCGUUGAGCGAGUGUCGGCAGCGUUGGCGGGUUUUCAUUCGGCGUUCUGUAUAACUAGUAUUCACUUUUGAGGCCUCUUUGAAACCAGACCAUUGUCUGAAAGGCGCUUCUACUAAUGCUUGGUGAUUUGUUAAAUGGGGAAAAUAAUUUGAUGUGACCAGGGAUUGGCCGUUCCACCAUACUGGGGGAGAAACAACCGAGACUUUCACGAUCGCACUGUAGGAACGACUUUAUCCUAGCUCUACCAAUGUCCUAGACCAACGACUGUGGUGGGUCUUUUGCAGAUGCAGUCCAAGUUUUUAGCUUCUCGAGGCCGAAAGCAGCGUUUAACCAGCGAGUUGAUGAGAAAAA